AUCAUUCUCUACAAGACUUGCCAGAUACAUUUCUUUCCUGUUUUCAGUUUCGAAUAAAUGUGAAAUCUAUCUUAAAUUUUUAAUAAUUCGAAAAUCUACUAAACGAAUUGGUAUGUUAUUAUUAUUAAUUAUUCGUAUAAUAUUAAAAUUUUUUGCGUAAACUUCUUGACAUAUACGUAAUUUCUUAUUAUGUUCCAAGUUUCGUUUUAUGCCUAUUUUUCGUAUGCUUGUUAUUCGUAACUCAUUUUUGUUGAUCUUCAACGGAGAAAGAGUAAACUUUUUUUAUUGUUGAAAAAUGUGUUUAUGUGUCAUACCAAAUGUUCGUAGAUAACAUGAUUCCUGUCUAGUCAACAAUAGUGUCAGAGAAUUUUGCAAAUGCUACAAUUAUGUAGGCAUAGAGUAUGUUUAUAGAAGGAGUCUUUUAUUUAUUUAUUUAUUUAAUUGUCAACAUUUUUCUCCGUUUUAGGAAAAGAUUUGAAAAUAUGGAAGAAUCAAAAAAAAUUGUUAUUCACUUUUAUUCCUACCCCCAAUUAAAAGUAUUUGAGCCGCUGGAAUUAGAUUUUUCUGAAAUAAAGGCGGAAGAAGCUAUCAUGUUUGCAGCAGAAAAAUUAAAUAUCAGAACCAUUACAAUGUAUUUGUUGUCUUUGUUUGACGAGAACAAAAAGGAAUGGAUCUUUUUCAAAAGCACAAUAACUCCUAAUAUAUCACAAAAACUCUAUUUAAGAUUUAGAUGGUUACCUCCUGAACCGUCUAAGAUUCGAGAUGAUGUGAACGGAUGUAGAUAUCUACAUUUACAGUUUUAUAAUGAUUUUAGGAACAAUAAUCUAAAAUUACAGCAGCAUGACGUUAUUGCUAAAGAGAGAAAAGAAACGUUAUAUAAUACCAUUGUUUUUUACAGUAUCGAUCAUUGUAUUAUAUGGUAUAAUUCGGAACUACCGGAAGACAGCUCGGACAAAAUAACAUGCAAUAAUGUUCAUAAAAAAAUAAAGGCCAAAAAUUUUUAUCCAAAUUCGCAUGAGGUUAAAAUUACGGAAUGGUUAAGAACGAUCAUAUGCUUACCUAAAGCUCUUAAGAAACAUUUAAAGAAUGAGAAUAAUCCUUUAUUAUCUGAUCCAUUUGAAUUCGUUUACAAUCUGUUAGAUUUUUUUUACGAAUACUUCGACCUAGGAUUAGAAGAUAAAUUUCCAGGUUACAUUGCACAAAUAGAAAGCGAAACUGGAGUUGAUAAAGUGGAUCUUAUUAUUUCUCCUUAUAAUAAAGAUAUAAAGUAUAGAGGAGUUUAUUUUAUAAAUAAAAAUCGAUUGGAAUCGAUGGAAGAUGUCAUACGAAAAAAAUGGAAAUUGGUUUGGAUACCAACACGAAUAACCAAUGUUUAUUUUGACAGUAAGGAGGAAGGAUAUCAAUUUAUUUACUGCCUGCAAGGUUAUAUACGACUCACAUGCAACUUUUAUGUUAACAUCGACAACCAUACGAAUGUCGAUAAAUUAUUUUCUAUUGAAAACGUCCAAAUAUUUGGACCGAUUAAAGAUGAAAAGGCUUGCGAACGUCUUAACUCAAUGGCAACAGAGCUAAGAGACCCCAACUUCCUCAUAAAACAUAGAGUUAGCACCCCAAGUGGCUUUAAGCUUUUGUAUAUUGAUAGCGCCGUAGAUCCUAAAAUCUAUAAGAAAAAUAUCGUAUGGAAAGAAAGACAAUAUCAACUCGAAGAUGGUGAUAUUCGGUUCGAUUCUUUGGCAGACCUUAUUAAAUAUUACCAAGAUCAUAAUAUUGAAAGGCUACCAGGAGAUAUUAACAUAAUAUUGAAAAAAUCAGCACCAGUCAAUGCGAAUACUGUAGAAUUAUACAUCUGUCAGUCGGAUGAUAUGUUUGUGCCUGAAACGUUCAUUAACAAAAGAGGUGUUAAUAAUCAGUCUGAGAUAGCAAUUGUUAAUUCGGAAAUAAAACUUUAUCCACUGGACAGUUUACGUUUGGGAUUUUAUACGAAUGUUUGUAAAGCUUCGGAAGACAAAGAGGACAAACCCGACGGAGAAUUUGUAUUUGCUGUAAAACGUAUCAGGGAUAGCAAAAUAUCUCAGCAUCCUCAUCAAGUUUCUAUUGCACUAAGUAAAGCCGCUCAAAAGCUUGCUGCUUGGAAACACGAUAACAUCUGUCAGAUAUAUGGUGUUCAACUUUAUCCGUUCAAAAUCUUUUUGGAAUAUUCCGAACUUGGAAGUUUAUGUAGUUAUUUGGCAAGACCACCUAAAGAUGUAACAUUUUCUUUUUUGGUUAGCGCUGCUGAGCAAGUUGCACGAGCUCUAGAAUAUCUUUCGAACAUAGAAGAUUCUUUUCUACGAGUUCAUGGCAAUAUACGAUUACGUAAUGUUUUGGUUUUCGAAGAAAACUCUACUUUUACAUUCAAAUUAGCCGAUAGUGGAUGCGGCGAAGUUUAUCAAAAUAAUAGUGAGAGAAAGCCACCAGAAAGCAUCAUAUCUCACUAUUCAGAUAUAUUCGCUUACGGUACUUUUCUGGUCGAAUUGUUUAAUCUUGGAAAAUAUAACAUGUGGAGCGAAAUGGGAAAAUGCCCUAAACAUAUCUAUGAUGAUGUUGUUUCGAAGUGUUGUGAUUUUGAUAUUUACAAAAGAUUACCUGCUGAAAAAGCAGUAAACUAUUUUGCGGAAGUUUUAUCAACUUUUUCACAAGAAAACCUCCAAAAAGUAUGGGUAGUGGCGAAAAAAUUUGAAGUUAGGGGAGUUAAAAUGACUUUUUCGGAAGUUCCACAGGACUAUCUAAAUAGUUUACGGAUAGACAAAAGUGAUAUCGUCAUAAAAGGGAAACUCGGAAACGGUCAUUUUGGAGAAGUAAAUGAGGCUUUUAUGGCUGCCAAAGACAAAAGUGUUGCCGUUAAACAGAUUAGGAUUGACAGAAAUGAGAAUUUAGAAAGAAGCAUCCACGAUUUCCAAAAAGAGUUUUUGAUUAUGUCAGAGCUACAUCACGAGAAUAUUGUGAAAGCUAUUGGAUUUAUGUCCGAUGAUGAUGAAGGUAUGUCCAAUCUAAAAAUUGUUGUGGAGUUUCAAAAACUAGGAUCUUUAGAAAAGUAUCUUAAGUCAAGAAAAUCAGAAAUUGCUUUGGAUAUGAAGUACAAAUGGUUGAAAGAAGUUGCACAGGGUAUGGCAUAUCUAUCAAGUGAAGGAAUUGUUCAUCGAGAUUUAGCUGCUCGUAAUGUGCUUUUGAACGAGAAUUUCACUGCAAAGAUAACAGACUUUGGCCUUGCUAGAUGCACAGAAGAUGGAUGCUAUCAAAUGGUAAAUAACGAGAUUCCAAUGUUCUAUUACUCUCCUGAGGUGCUAUUAAAUCGCAAGUAUAGUACUGAAGGAGAUGUUUGGUCAUACGGUGUAUUUAGUUGGGAAAUUAUGAUCGAUUGUCAGAAAGCGCCUAAAACACAUAUAGUGGAAAUGGACAGCAGAUUUAGAAGUCACAUCACACGCGAAAAUGUUGGAGAAUACCUUUUAAACAAUCCAGGUACAUUUUACUUAACUGAGAUUUAUAAAUUUGAAGAUAGAUUUAAGAAUUUACUGGACAAGUGCUUCAAAGUGGAAGAGAAGCAACGUGCAAGCUUCGACGCAAUUGUUAAACAUUUACAAAACAACUUUUGA